GUGAACAGGAUCACCAACAACAGCUUCCUUCGCCCUCACGGUAGAAUGUCCGACAACUCCACCAACACUUCCGAUGUUGGAGAUGACGGGAAGUCUUCCGAAUUCACCUGGAUUAAUACUCAUUUGCGUAUUUAUUAUCUGUUGGCCAUUGCUAUCACAGGCAUUAUCGGAAAUUCCAUCAGCAUGGCGGUGUUCUUGGGAACACGCCUGAAGAACCACUCCUCGUACUAUUACUUGGCGUUCAUGGGCGCCUCGGACACCCUCUUCCUCAGUUUCCUCUGCGUCCAGUGUCUCCUGAACAGCCAGGGCCUCCAGUGGCUGAGGAUCGAAUUCCUGUCCUCCUCCGCCGGGUGCAAGAUGAUCAACUACGUCAUGUCGACUUGCACCAACAUCAGCGUCUGGCUGACAGUGGCCUACACAAGUGAAAGGUGCAUCGCUGUCCAGUACCCGCUGCUCCGUGCCCAAUUGUGCACCGUAGGGCGGGCGAAGCUGGUCACGGCAUUCGUAACUGUAUCGAACGUUAUAGCUAACCUUUACGUGUUUCCGACUGUUGGCAGACCACCUGGCUUCGACAACUGCGGCUACUUCGAGGAGUACCUCCAACUCAUCAGGGUGGUGUCGGUGGUGGACGCGCUGGUCAUGAUGGCGUUGCCGUUCGUCUUGAUCGUCUGCAUGAAUUCCAUGAUCGUCUGGAAGUUGUGGAAGCUCUCCGACGUCUUCCACGGAUCGGCCGGGACGCGCCAUUCAUCUUCCAGGACGUUCGACGGAACAGGAGAAACGCCACUAUCUCCCAUUCCAGCUCAAAGCGCUCAGCGUUACGCGUUCCCGCAAAUCACCCUAAAUCCACCGCUGAAAUUAGACAGGAACAAUUCCCCCUGCGUCUGGAAGCCGAGCGCUGCUAUCCCGCCGAACGUGAUCGAAAAGCCUCUUCCUUCGCAACCACAGCCAGAUGCUGCAAAACCAGAAUGCAGCGAUAAACAGGGCAAAUAUGAGGCAAAUGUAUCGAAGAUAGACGAAGAGAGUGAGGGAACGGAGCCAUAUUCGAAUACGGGUGAGAGAUACGAGGAAAUGAAUCUCCCGGCCGAGGGCAACGAGAAAGAAGACGACGCCCCUGCGAAAGACGAUCAAGUUCGAGAGGACAUCGAAGCUGUUGUUCCGUUUCGCAAAGCGAAGAGAUCGUCGUCGGUGGGGCGUGGCGACGAUCUGGUGCCAUCUUGCGAGCCCAACGAAGAAGAAGAAGGCUUAGAGCAACCAGGACUUUCCAGCGAGAAAAGGGAUGGCGGAAAGAAAAAUGACAAAAGCGAGAAGGUGUUCAUAGACGUCAAUAUCAGGGUGAUCAUCGAUAACGGACACGCCGUGAGCGCUAGAGGAGAUCUUCGUAAUAAGAACGUCGGAGAAGAUGGCGACGGAGGUAUACUAGACCUGGUGAGAAACGAAGCAAAACGUAGCGAUAGACCUCCUGCUGCGUGUGGGAGUCAGGUCACUAGAGGUCAGAGUAACGCCAAAAGGGGGCAGGGUGCUGGCGACGAAGGGGAAGACGAAGGUGGUAAAAUCAACGUUGAUCUGAGCAAACCGCGUCGAUUGGCAACUGUGGUUGAACUGCAACCAAGGCAGAACAAGAAAGUGGCUGUAACCUCGGUACGCCAUAGCGACGCCUCUGGCAUCAAGGAAAACAUCACGAAAAUGUUGCUCGUUGUGUCCACCAUGUUCGUGGCUCUGCAGUUACCAAGCUUCUCCCUCCGUCUGGACGCCAUGUGGACAGAGAGGACCUCCCCUCUGAGCAGGGAGGUGCAGCGGAUCUUGAACGAUCUCUACUACUCCCACAUCUUCAUCAACUUCCUCAUCUACUCGGCGUGCGGCUCGAACUUUCGCCAGUGCCUACGUCAGAUGGUCCUCUCGGGUUUCCUGAAGGUCACCAGAGGGCGGCUACGGCAACGGCAACGGCGUCUCUUGGGCAACGCUGUUGCUCGUCUCUAGAGGAAAGGUCGCGUCUAAAGUGUCGAUACCCGAAUGAAGGAAGAAAGGCAGCUGGGUGUUUGCUAAAGAUUUGGGAGCCAGGGUUGAAAUGUAUGAAAGAAUUGAGUCAAACUUGGGUCAGUUUGUAAACAAGGUCAGGUCACAGGCCUAGAUAGAGAAGCGAUUGCCCUCAGUCAUUGAACUAUCUGUAGAAAAUGCACUCCAGUUAACCUGUGAACUGUUAUGAGUGCGGUUUUCGAGGUCGGUUGCCACGACACUGAACAAAUCAGGAUAGAGAUUAGUAUUCAUUUCUAUAAAUUCAUAGUUUAUUCUAGUGGAAUACAGUUGAAUACCGCAGUGAGAAUCACGGUAUGGAAAUACUUCGGAUUGUCUUAGCAUAUUUCAGAAUAUUGUUCAGGACUAUGGUAGAACACCGAACUCAAUAAAAAUUCUCCACUAAUGGGGCGAAUGAAGCAUCUCGAAUCUGGAAACAGUUCCAAUUUUUUUUUUAUUUUGGAGUCUAAUAUAGUGUGUGAACAUCUUUUUUUUUCAACGCCAUCUCUUGUCUUUUCAACAAAGACGAAUGAGGAAAGAGCUUGACGUAAGGAAAUAUCAGUCCUAACUGCCCCAAAAACGAAAAUUUAAGAACAACUCCGGAAGUGCCGUUGCUAAGGCUAUAUAUUCUACCCAUCAGCUACGUAGUAGUAGUAGUGGCGGUGGUUGGGAUUUGCCUUUGAAACGGCUCUAGUGAUGAUUAUUCCCAAUGUGAUUUACAAGCCGAUUAUGUAAGAAAGACUAAACUGCUGCUAUAGGCCACCCGUGAAAAAAGCAAUGUAAAACCGCGUUUUAAUUGACGAAAAUAACUUAGAUGUCAGCAAAGAAUAAGAUACGGAAUUAAGUGGCCUAUUGUCUGUCAGAAAUCCCAAAUGUAUUAUCAAAUAGAAUAUAGAAAGACAUCAGUUGACUGGUGAGUCAUAACAGUCAUAACGACCCAAUUGUUUUAUUAAUGUCCGUGUAAUAAAAAUAACGCGCUAUUGGGAUAGGAAUUAAAAAAAAAACAAUAAAUAAUAAUGACAGAAAGAGAAAUGUGUCUAAGCAAAAGUUUAGGCUAGAGGGCUGCAAAUUGGUAUGUUGAUCAUCCACCUUCCAAUUUUUAAACAUACCAAAUUGCAGCCCUCUAGCCUCGGUACUUUUUAUUUUAUUUGAGGUUAAAUUAAACCAUAAUCGUGCUUCUGGCAGCGUUCUAGGUACCAACAGCUUUGGCCAACACCGGACCGUGGCUGAGUUUCAUGGGCCGCGGCUAAUAGUUUUAUGGGGCAGCGCAGUUUUUUUACUUAUUUUAGUAGAAAUGGAUAUAUGAGCAUCGUUCGACGUCAAAGAAAAAAAUUAAACAAUAUGACGUAAUUUGUAUGAUAUCCGCGAAGCUAAAUCUCCUUAUUAGGGUCACGGAUUUCCAAUAGGGUCAUUCAGCGACCUACCUCAAGGGGAAUUACUAUAUCUAAUCCCAACGGAGUGGCAACUAUUUCAAUGGAAUCGCUAUCAGCUGGAACCCACGUGGGUAGAAAAAUACCUGAUGAUUAUAAUUUUUCACUUUAUGAAUCAGGGCAAAAUUUCUUACUUUAGUUAAAGAAAUGAUUCAGAGUUUAACUCAUUCUAUAAAAGGAGAAGAGGUAUUGCAGUUCGUCACGUAGCCUGAAUUGAGCAAGAUGACAUAAGUACUACCAUCUGCAGUGUUCCUAGAAUGACAAGCUGGAAGUUGCACCUCCCUUAGGGGGGAGGGGAACAUCCACUGGGCAUGACUGCCCAAAAACUGGCUUUUUUUUUUAAAUGGAAAUGACAUCAGUGGUCAUUCUUACUCUUUAAGUUUUCUUUUCUCUACACCAGGGCCAGACAAGAGCUGGUCUGAGACGCCGAGCCGUAUAGGAUAUCGGGAAAAGACGCAUUCAUAAUUCUACCUAGAAAGUAAACUGAAAUCAGCACCGCCGAAGGCAAAGUAUAAAUAGCAAGAGAGCUGUUGCAAAUGCAAACUGCCCGUGUUACUACUACAUUUACUAAUUAGGUCUCGACCGUCUCGUUGCUCAGCCUCUGGGUGGUCACUACUCACUGGUCACUGCCUCACUGGUCAGGUAGGUGCAGCCAGCCACGGUCUGAAGCCUGACCCGAUUCCAGUGCUGUUCCUUGCACUACAGAGGUGACCGAUAAAUACGGUUAGUUGCCAAAGGGACUUUUAUCUUACGCAUAACCAUUUGGAAGAGGCUAGUCGCUUCUGACUGCAGUAAAUGAACUCGCGCUCGGUAGCAACAACGAUGUCUUGGCAGCGUAAAAACGAAGGAAAUUGGAGAAUCUUUGCGCUAUAGGUAGCAACAAAAUGCCAAACGGCGAGACACAUUGAUUAACUUACAGCUCAGUACAAUGUAGGUACAGGCUCCAGGAAUCGACGCUGGGCCAAAGGGAUUGACACUACUGAAAUUCACUCUCGACUUGGUUAGGAAGUCACGCAAAGCCGUUGGUCCCGUUGAUGAAUAACCACUCCCUCCAUGCAACGUAAAAACAACAUACAAACAAACAAACAUUGACGUAAAAACCGUUGCGAGUUCACUUACAGUUCAGACUUCAGAGGUCACCCACCACCAGAGAAAUGAUAAAAAUGGAAUUAUCUUUGUACUACCUAUCAUCUUGCACCUGGAAACAUUUCUUCUUCUUAUCUCGUACCAGU